AUGGAGGAGCUGGAUGAGCUGGAAGAGCUGAUGGAAAAGAAUUUCGGAGAUGAGACCGCGCCGCCCACGGAGACGUUUCAGAAAAAAAUGGAAAUUUCCUUUCCUAAAACACUCCUGAGCCGAGGAAUGGAUAACCGGUACCUGGUUUUAGCUGUCAAUAUUGUCCAGAAUGAAGUGGGAAACCAUGAAAAGCAUCUUACCAUCACUGCCUCCCAGUCACUGGGAGAUAAAGAGCUGUGCAUUCUUAGGAAUGACUGGUGUUCUGUUCCAGUAGCUCCAGGGGACAUCAUUCAUUUGGAAGGAGACAGCAUCUCUGAUACUUGGAUAGUUGAUAAAGAUUUUGGCUAUUUGAUUCUGUAUCCAGACAUGCUGAUUUCUGGCACAAGUGUAGCCAGUAGUAUUCGUUGCAUGAGAAGAGCUGUUCUGAGUGAAACUUUUAGGAAGUCUGACCAUACUACCCGCCCAAUGCUCAUUGGUACAAUUCUUCAUGAAAUAUUUCAAAAAGCAGUAAGUGAUAGUUUUGCCCCAGAAAAGCUACAAGAACUUGCUUUGCACACUCUUCAAGAAACAAGGCACCUGAAGGAAAUGUACCGCCUAAAUCUGAAUCAGGAGGAAAUAAAACAAGAAGUAGAGGAGUAUCUUCCUUCAUUUUCAAAGUGGGCUGGAGAUUUUAUGCACAAGGAUAUGUCAACUGAUUUCCCUCAGAUGCAGCUUUCUCUGCCAAGUGAUGAUAGUAAGGAUAAUUCAACAUGUAAUGUAGAAGUUGUGAAAGCUCUGGAUAUUGAAGAAAGCAUUUGGUCCCCUAGGUUUGGACUGAAGGGUAAAAUAGAUGUUACAGUUGGUGUGAAAAUACAUCGAGGAUACAAAAUGAAAUAUAAGAUAAUGCCUUUGGAACUUAAAACUGGCAAAGAAUCAAAUUCAAUUGAACACCGUAGUCAGGUGGUUCUGUACACACUGCUAAGCCAGGAAAGAAGACCUGAUCCUGAAGCUGGUCUGCUCCUCUAUCUUAAGACUGGUCAGAUGUACCCUGUGCCUGCCAAACACCUUGAUAAGAGAGAGUUAUUAAAGCUGAGAAACCAGAUGGCAUUCUCUUUGUUUAACCGUAUCACUAAAUCUGCAUCUGGAAAGGAAAAGAUACAGCUCGCACCUUUGCCACAAAUCAUUGAGGACUAUCAAACUUGUAAAUAUUGUUCACAAGUGGACAACUGUGCUCUUUCUAGCAGAGCUUUUGAACAACAGAUGGAUGAUGGUUCAGUCCCAGUUAGUAUGCUGCCCAAGAUAAUGGAAGAAACCCAGCACCUGCAGCUUGCACACUUAGAGUACUUCAGACUGUGGUGUCUAAUGUUAACCCUGGAAACACAAUCAAAGGAAAAUCGAAAGAAUCACCAAAAUAUAUGGCUAAUACCUGCUUCAGAAAUGGAGAAGAGUGGCAACUGCAUCGGAAACCUGAUUAAAACAGAAAAUGUAAAGACAGCUUGUGAUGGACAAUAUUUGCAUAAUUUCCAGCGUAAAAAUGGUGCAAUGCCUGUCACAAAUCUAAUGUCAGGUGACAAAAUUAUAUUAAGUGGAGAAGAGAGAGCACUCUUUGUUGUGGCUAGGGGAUAUGUGAAGAAAAUUAACACAACAACAGUAACCUGCUUAUUAGACAGGAACUUGUCAGUACACCCAGAAUCGACUUUGUUCAGACUAGACCUGGAAGAAAAGAAUUGUGAUAUAGUUACUCCCCUGGGAAAUCUUUCUAAAUUGAUGGAAAACAUUCAUGCCAGCAAAAGGCUUCGAGAAUUAAUCAUUGACCUUCGUGAACCUCAGUUUACAUCAUACCUCAGUUCUGUUCUUCCACAUGAUGCAAAGGACACAGUUGCCUGCAUUCUGAAAGGUUUGAAUAAACCUCAGAGGCAAGCAAUGAAGAAGGUCCUACUUUCGAAAGACUACACACUCAUUGUAGGCAUGCCUGGGACAGGAAAAACAACUACAAUAUGUACCCUUGUCAAAGUCAGAAAGUUCACCCAGAUAUCCAGAAAUUUACAGAGGAGGAAAUUUGCAGAUCAAAGUCCAUUAAAUCUUUAG